AUGUCUAUCGUUAGUGAAAGCAAGUUGGGAGUCGACUAUAUCACAGUAAACUCAACCUUCGGCUCCGUCAAAGGAUUCAUCAAUAGAGACUUCCCAAAUGUCGCCCAAUUCCUCGGCAUUCCCUUCGCCGAACCGCCGAUAGGGCCGCGCCGGUGGUUACCUCCUACGCCGAAGGCUCCGGUCGACAGCAUUGAUGCUACAAAGUUUGGAUUAUCUUGCCCUCAACAGCUUGGAGGCAGGCCGUCGGUUUAUAAUACGGAUGUGACUGAACAUCAGAUCCGAGACGAGACUUCCGAGGAUUGUCUCUCUCUUUGCAUUUGGGCACCUAAAGAUGCGGUCAAGGAGGGGUUAAGGAAGCUCCCUGUGAUAGUCUUCAUCACCGGUGGCGCAUUUCUCGUCGGCGGCUCUACGAUCCCUUAUCAGAAUCCGACGCCCUGGAUCGAGAACAGCAAACGCCACAUUGUUGUCAGCAUUAAUUAUCGCCUGAACGUCUUCGGCUUCCCCAAUGCCGCAGGACUAUGCCCUAAUGAACGAAAUCUAGGAUUCUUAGACCAGCGACUCGGGCUGGAAUGGGUACACCAACACAUCGCCUCCUUCGGCGGUGAUCCAUCGCGAAUGACGCAUUUCGGACAAUCAGCAGGCGCCCGCAGCAUCGACUGCCAUGCGUUUCUGCACCCGGACAAACCCCUGGUGCGAAACCUCAUUCUCCAUUCUGGGUGUGCGCUCCCUCCGCUUCCAGUGAGCGACCCGGGAUGUACGCACUUCAGUGCUCUCGCCAGGGCACUCGGCUUCCCGGGCGGUGACGCUGCGGCAGAGCUGGAAUUCAUGAGGCAACAGCCUCCGCAAGAGCUCCUCGAGGCUAUCCAGCAUCACUGGGCUACUGAGGAGAAGCCUUUUCUGAGCUUCCGGCCCGUAGUAGACAAUUUUACUCUAUUUGAUGACUAUGAAGACAGAGCCAAGGCUGGGAACUUCAGUAGACUGCCGGCCAUUUGUGGAACCAUGAAUGAUGAAGGCAACUCAGUAGCUGUGUAUCAUCCCGAUGGGGCUGAUCCAUUCUGGGCGGAAAAGAUUACAAAAGACUACUUCUUGGGACCAAUGGUAGCCAUGGCACGGUACGAAAUGUUCUUCCCAUACAUCCUGACAUUCUCAGACUCUCAGUAUAGCUGCUAA